AUGUCAUCAAAAUGCAUACAAUUCUUUAAAAAUAUCAUUCUCAAGGCGGUGAUCCAUGUUAAAGGAGGUCAUGCCACCAUUCCUCAAGAUUCCGUAAUUGAUCCAAUUUUGGAUGUUUCAGCUACAGUUGUUUCUGUAACAAUGUUGGAUGGUGGAAUUGGGCUUAAUGUAAUUGCAGAUUCAGUCUCCAUUGCUGGUCCGAAUAUCCAAUUUAAGAAAUUUAGAAAGUCGAUUUCGUUCUUCUCAGCUUCAAUCAAGAACAAUGAAAAGAAAAUAGAAGAAGAAGAAGGAACAACCUGGGAUAUUCAAGAAAAAACCACCGAGCCAUCUCCACUGUUACGGAUUGUUGUUGUUGGUUCGUCCCUUUUGUUGCUUCGGUUCGCCGAACCCAAGAGACGGCCCCCUCCAUUUUGCGAUCGAUUAGCCACCACCGAGAAUCGACACAACUUCUUGCUUCAUUCUUUUUCUUCCGUUCGGACUCAUCAACUCUGGAGACCAUCAGACUCCUCCUGCUGA